AUGUCACAUUCGUAUUCUAAGUUAAAAGGGUUAUUAUUAUUCUAGAGAAACGCAGCGCGAGCUCGAUGACUCCUUGUCUUGUUUGGGAUCCGAUUUAAGCCUCACUCGUUAAGAAGAUGGACAGCUAUGGGUUCUCCAGUGACAUGUUCAGUGGUCGAGCGGUUCUGGGGGAGGACAGCUCGGUCAUGGCCCGGGUGCAGAAGAAGUUCUGGAAGACCAAGCAGGUUCUGAUCAAGGCCACAGGGAAGAAAGAAGAUGAGCACGUGGUGGCAUCUGACGCAGAUCUUGAUGCCAAAUUGGAGUUUUUCCAUUCAGUCCAGAGCACUUGCACAGAACUCCUGAAAGUGAUCGAGAAAUACCAGCAAAGAAUCACACACCUCUCUCAAGAGGAGAACGAGCUCGGACUGUUCUUGCGCUUCCAGGCAGAGCAUGAUAAAACAAAAGCAGGCAGUAUGAUGGACGCCACUAGUAAAGCUCUCUGCUGUUCUGCCAAGCAAAGGUUGGCUCUGUGUCCCUCUCUCCAUCGUUUCGAACAGGAAGUAGAGACGUUCCGGAGGAGAGCCAUCGCUGACUCCCUGCUGACCGUGAGCCGGAUGGAGAAAGCACGGACUGAGUACCGCGGAGCUCUGCUCUGGAUGAAGGAUGUCUCACAGGAACUGGAUCCAGAUACUUAUAAACAACUGGAGAAAUUUCGCAAGGUCCAGGCCCAGGUUAGAGGAACAAAAGCACAUUUUGAUAAGCUGAAGAAUGACGUGUGUCAGAAAGUGGAUUUGCUGGGUGUCAGUCGCUGCAACAUGCUUUCACAUUCUUUAUGUACUUACCAGACGACGCUUUUACAGUACUGGGAGAAGACUGCACACGUGAUGUCUGGCAUCCAUGAGGCCUUCAAAGGAUAUGUGCCCUACCAGUUCACUACCCUCAAAGAAUUGAGGGACCCACUGGACCAGAUUGUCUCUGCAGAAGCAGCAGAGGACAGCAAAGAUGAGGACAAGAAGACGCAUCCAGACAAUCUUGUUUCUCUCGAAGAUGAGCCGCUGGAUGAAUCAUCCGAUACUGUUUCUACUCGUGCAGUAGAUGGACAGAGUAGAGGAUCAGACAGUUCUUUGUGUGCUAGUCUGGACUCUGCUUUGAACGAACAAUUAGGGCCCAUUGGUGGAGUUAGCACAGAUGACGACCUCCUAUUAUUGACCUCUGAGCCUGGCCCGAUCCCUUCUCUCACUCCAACCUUGACCCCAACCCUACUCCCAUCCAUGUCCGUUACGCAGCCUCAGAUACCGCAGGAGACCUCAGUGCCUCCUGCUUUUCAGUGGGGCGUAGGCGUCUCACAUGAGGAAAAGCAAGGUGCCUUACCCAGCAGUCUUCCAUCUAAAAUAGUAGGCAGGGAUCUGUUGUCUGAGGCUUUAGACUCUGCCGGGGUGAAAGCAGAGGAUGGAGAUAGAGGUGACCUGGCCUUCCUGCAGGAUCUGCUGAGUCCUGGGGCUGCCGGUGGAGCUAGUGAUUUCAGUAAGGCAUGGCAGGAUGCCUUUGGCUGUUUUGAGGCCCCUCUUGCUCCUGUUGCUGCCGCUUCACCACAAACAGGAACAGCAAACACUCCCUCUGGCUUCCUGCCAUCACAACUCCUGGACCAUAGCCUCAGUACCACAGGAUGGGAGACUCCACCCAUGUUUCAACCCCUGCCGCUCCAGCCACCUUCCAGUGAAGGACAGUCCACCCACAAUAGUCCGAACUCUUCUGCCAGUAGUGCACCUAAAGGAAGGUCCAGGGACAUGUCUGCCUGGUUUAACCUCUUUGCAGAUCUGGACCCUCUGUCCAACCCAGAUGCUAUUGGGCGAAGUGAUCAGGAGUUCCUCAAUGCCUGAGUAAUCUUGUGUUCUGAGUGAAGGAUGGUAUGGAGCUGAUCGCUUCCCAAAUAUUCUUUGCUGGAAAGGAGUGCAUAUCCCAAGCCUUGAUUCGGAGCUGGUACACUACCUCUCCUGAAACCAUUCAACCUGAGCCAAGGAAGCAUCCAGAAAUCUCUAUCCACAUUUAACACUGGAAGGUUUCUGAGAUAUGGGAAUGUGUCUCUUUCUCCAUUCUUUCAUUGUGUGUGUGAAUUUACUGUAUGUUCAUUAGGUCAGGACACUGAAGGGUAGAAUAUUGAAGACUUCGUCUCUAUAUCACUAUAGUGUUGUUACCUGAGAGUAAAGUAUCUGUUACUUUCUGAAGUGCACAUGUUUAAAGGGAUGUGAAGGUGAGAGUUUGCCCAUCUCAUGUGUGUGUGUGUGUGUGUGUGUGUGUGUGUGUGGUGGGGGGGGGCUGUUUUGGCUAGGACCAAAAAAAGAAAUAAACCUGCGUAUUUGUCUGUGUAUCUUUGUACAACAGGGGAGUUUUAAAGUCCAGAAACGGGGUUACAGAUUUAUAACAUCUAUUAUAGAUUAUAGACUGUAUUUUUAAUCAAGACUGAUACCCAAAAUGUGUGCAUGUAAAUAACAACAAAUAUUUUUGGAGUCUCUUUCACUGGAUUAGUUUAACCCUAAAUGAUAAAACAAAUGAAAUAAUUUAUCAAUAUAAUAAAAGUGUUACUGUAAACUACAUAUGCAAGUCGUGUGCUGUGCCAUUAGUUUGGUUGGAAUCAGGUCGUCACAUUUUAAUGAAACUAAUCGAAGAUGAUCUUGUUUUUAGUGCAAAUAAUGCUGAAACACUCUCACUCAGAGAAAUAACUUCUCCCAAAUGAUCUUCACUGUCACAUGGUGAUGCAAAACACUGGAAUGUGUUUGUGAACAUGUUUUUGUGUGUGGUUUUAUUUCACAUGUCACCGUUAGUACAGAAUUACAUAAUUAUCCUGCUUUUGAAAACGUUUAGUUUUUUUUUUAUUGCAGAUUAUCAUGUUUGGACUCAUGUGAGAGACUGAAAUGAUUUUUUCCAUUGAAUAAAUGCACUAAAUCUCGGAUUGUUCUAGAAUGUAUGUUGUCUGUUUUAAGCAUAGAUAUGUUUGUUGGUCUGAAUCACUUUGUCUAACUGAAGAGUUUGUACACUUCACACAGGAUUUCACUCCACAUUCAGUGGAGCGCAUCUUUUUGACUUCGAGUGGUUUAACAUUUUGAAGUGUCACUUCAUGUAUUAGAGCAAUGUUGUGUUUGGAACUACAUGUUAAAAUGUUAUUGUAUCACUUGUCUUUUUUUACUUUAAAAGAAAAAGAAUGUAUACACCACACCAUUCACAGCUGCUUUCAACUGUUUAUUUUAUGCAACUUUGCCUUUUGUUUCUGUUAAAUGAUGUACAAUUUCAUUGAAGGAAACUGGAUUGAGAUCUUGCAUCUGAGAGCAAAUAAAUUUGAGUAGAAUUCUG